GAUUUCCAGGAAUUCAGAGAUACUGUCGGUGAUUUCAUAUCUGAUGUAUCCACCUUAAUGUCACCACCUCUGGACUGUACUGGCUAUAAUUUCUCACUUGGUGAGGAGGUGGCCUUUGGGUCCUGUGCCCCACAACUGCAGAGUAGCGUGCUGGUGCAGGUGCCCCCACAGCACCUGUCUUCCUCUGAGCCACGCUGGAGAGACCUGGCAGACCAGCACCAGAAAGCAUUGGGAGAUGCUCUGGAAGCAAACAGCCAGCUGCAGGAGACCCUCACACAGAGGCAGGAAGAGCUGGUGACAUUGCGGGAGAGCAACGUGCAGCUGAAGGAGCUGGCAAGUCAGGCCAGGAAGCUGGCCGCCGCCCUUGACACGCUGAUGCUCCCGCAAAGCGCCGACGGAACAGCCCUUCCUCCUUCUCCUCCUCCUCCUCUUCAUCCUUUACCUCCUCCUCCCACCGCUGCUGCCGCCGCCGCUGCCCCGGCCGGGACCGGCCUGGAGGAUGCGGAGGGCGUGGAUGCCAUGCUGCGGGCCGUGUCGGAGAAGUGCCGCGCCGCUCUGCGAAGCCUGGGGGGCAGCGCGGGGGACAGGUCAGGGGGCAGCCCCACAGCCAAGCGCCCGCGGCCGGGCCCGCGCCUGCACGGCGCCUUCCGCGGGCUGCGCACCGGCCGCGCCGCGCCGCGCCCGCUCGGCGGGGAGCUGGAGGGGGGCGGCAGCCUGCGGGCAGCGCUGGGGGAGGCGGGCGCCAUCCGCACGCUGGCCUUCCCGCAGGGAAACGCCUUCACUCUCCGCACCGCCGCCGGCGGGCACCGCUUCCGAUGGGUGCCGCGCUGA